AUGCCUUCUCUGGCCUCCCGUGCCCGUUCUGCGCCGUACACCAGGCUUACGCCCUCCGCUCUGCUCUCUUGGCGGCUCCCUUCCGCCCCGCGGCGCCUUUCCCUCGGCCCUACCCACUCUUCCGCCCGUCCCCAUUGCUGCGUGGGCGGGUCGUGCCUUCCCUCCUGCUGCGCUGCUGGUGGCGCUCUGGCGAGUGCCUUUCUCUUCCGUACUUCUCCCUCCGCUGGCGGCGCCACUCGGGCGAGCGGGACCCGCUACCAUCCCUCUCUUCUCUCCGCCUCGGCCGACCCGGCGAGCGCCCCAUGCCACUGCGUUCCCCGUGCUGCUGACCGCGGCGCUCCUGUGACCCCCGCUCCUCCCCGUGCCUUCCUUCCUGGCGCCCGUGCGGCUCAGGUGAGCGCGACUCAUCCUUCCUUCUGCCACUGCGCGCUCGCUGCUGUUCUGGCAAACGCACGCCGCCGCCGCUCCAGCCGUCCUGCUCCUGUCGCCUACCAUGCGGGCGAAAGUCGCCUACGCGCCAUUCCCCAUGGUGCGGAUCCUUCUCCGGCGUGCGCGACCGCUCUACCCUCCCCUUGCCAUCAUGAUGCAGCCUCUGCGCCAGUGCAGCUCGAACACCGUCGGCUGUCGUCACUCGCUCCUGGCGCAGUGAGCCUUCCGCGCGCUGCUCUUCCCCACGGCUGA